AUGAAACUAAACAGAUAUGAGCCGGCUCUUGAACAUUAUAAAAAUUCAUUGAUAUUCGCAGAAAAACUGUCCGAUCCCGACCGACGGCGAAUUUUACUUAUAUAUGGAAAACUCGCCGAUGUGUACAAUUCAUUAAGUUCGACAAAAGAACUACCCGAACCCGAUAAGUGGGAGAUUGCGCAUGUGAAUGAAAAAAUCGGUGACGUGUAUAUGGAACUAAAUGAAUGUGAUUCUGCUCUCGAAUAUUAUGGAAUAUCAUUAGCGUUGAUAGAAAAUUUACCAGAUCCGGACCAACGGCAAAUUUCGCUUUUGUGCGAAAAAAUCGCUGAUGUACACAUCAAACUAAACAGGUAUGAGCUGGCUAUUGAACAUUACAAAAGGUCGUUGUUAUUGACUGAAACGCUGCCCGAACCAAAACAUUGGAUGAUUUCGAACAUAUGUGUAAAGCUCGCUGAGGUUUACAAGAAGCACAAGAAGUAUGAUUUGGCUAUUGAAUAUUAUAAAAAAUUGUCAACACUGAGAGAAGAAGUACUGGAACCCGAUAAGUGGGAGAUUGUGCAUGUGUAUGAAAUAAUCGCUAAUCUUUACAUGAGGCUAAAUGAAUAUGAGUCCACUAUCGAAUAUUACGGAAGAUCAUUAGUGUUACGGGAAAAUUUGCCGAUUCCAGAUCUACAGGAAUGUUCGCUUAUAUAUGAGAAAAUCGCAGAUGUCAACAUGGAACUGAACCAGCAUGAUUUGGCUAUUAAAUAUUAUAAAAAAUCAUUAAUGUUGCUUGAGAAGUUACCGAAAUGUGAGCAGAGGCAGAUUCCACAUCUGUACGAAAAGGUCUGCGAUGCCUACAGAAAACUAAAUAAAGAUGAUUUGGCUAUUGAAUAUUGGGAGCAAGGAUUAGCAUUCAGAGAUAAAUUACUGGAACCGGAUCAUCGGACGAUUCCGCUUGUAGAUGAGACAACCGCUGAUGCAUCUGGAGUUGAACAAUAUCUGACGACAUCUCAACCGUCAGUUGCGCAUACUCGUCUAAAACAAACUGAAGGGUCUUACACACUGAAUGGAACAUGUGCAGUUGAACACUAUGUAAAUAUAUCUCAAGCAUCCGUCCUCCAAACGAGUGAGGCAGAUGAAAAACGACAACAGGAAUCGGUAUAUCAGUUAAACCUUGACGGACUCGAAAGCUGUUUAAGAAGCUUAAGGGGAACAGAUGGAUAUCGGACGCCAGCAGUUGGCAUUGAUUUAGGAUCAAGUUAUUGUUCAGCGGCCAUAUUUACUAAAGGUGAACUGGGAUUGAUUCCAAAUGAAUUUGGAAAAUUCAGAACACCAUCAUAUGUAUCAUUCACGGCUUAUGAGCGUCUGGUGGCUGAAUCUGCUAAAAAUCAACUGACUUCUAAUUCUUGUAAUACAAUAUUCGAUAUUCACCGAUUGAUUGGUGGAAGAUUUGAUGACGAGGUUUUCCAAAAUGAUCUCAGAUUGUGGCCGUUUACAGUAAUUUGUGAUGAGAGAAAUCGACCGAAAAUACAAGUUCAAUAUAAGAAUAACAAAAAAUUAUUAGAGCCGGAAGAGAUACUAGCGAUGCUAUUGAUAAAAAUGGUGCAAAUAACAGAAGCUUAUAUAGGUAAGUUUUUCUAG